AUGGUAAUUACACGGAGGCUCAAGUAUGACACCCCUCGACUGAGUAUGGGCGGAACCAGCAUCGCCAUGGUAAAAGAGAUGAAAUUACUUGGUGUAACCAUCGACGACAAGCUGACUUUUAACAGCCAUGUUUCGAAUGUCUGCAGGAAAGCGAUAGCAGUCUAUAAACAGCUAUCUAGGGCUGCCAAGACAGACUGGGGGCUCCAUCCUGAAGUCGUAAAAAUAAUAUAUGUGGCAACCGUAGAGCCCAUCAUACUGUAUGCCGCUAGUGUUUGGGCGCAUGCUGCAAACAAAUUGGGUGUCCAAAAGCAGUUGGCAGUGGUGCAACGCGGAAUGGCGCAGAAGAUAUGCAAGGCAUACCGCACCGUGUCCCUCAACUCGGCGCUGGUUCUGGCGGGUAUGCUCCCUCUUGACCUCCGAGUCCGAGAGGCGGCUUCGUUGUACGAAGCCAAGAAGGGAGAGUCUCUGCCUGCCCUGUGGCCUGGAGAUAGAGAGGUGGAACAAAUGGCAUCCGCAACUGAAAUGCCUCAUCCUGCGGAUCGCGAAGAAUUGAGGGUGGUUCGCCUGGUGAACCAAGACGAUGUGAACUCGAACAGUGAGUUCGAUGUGCGAAUAUUUACCGAUGGCAGCAGGCUUGAGGGCGGGGUUGGAGCCUCACUUUCUAUUUGGAAGGGAGAAACCGAAACCAAAGCCCACAAGCUUGCUCUAUCGAGAUACUGUACGGUUUACCAGGCGGAGCUCCUUGCCCUGUGCAGGGCCACUAGGGAAGCAAAGAAGUAUGCCGAGAAAUCGUAUGGAGUCUACAGCGACUCUAUGGCAGCCCUUCAAACAAUACAAAACCACAGUUGCCUUCACCCCCUCGCUGUAGAGGCCAGAGAGAAUUUAAAAGCUAUGUCUCUCCAGGGUAAGGUAGUCACCCUACACUGGAUUAAAGCUCACGCAGGGUUAGAAGGCAACGAGCGGGCAGACGAGUUGGCGAAAGGAGCAGCAGUAGGCUCCAAACGAAAGCCGGACUAUGACCAAUGCCCGGUUUCAUUCGUCAAGCGUAGCAUUCGCAUGUCGACGCUUGACGAAUGGAAUCGGAGGUAUAAGUCUGGCGAAACGGCUUCCAUCACGAAGUUAUUCUUCCCAGAUGCAGUGGCGGCUUAUAGGGUGACAAGGAAAUCAGAGCCAAACAACCUAAAGACGCAGUUGAUGACGGGACACGGUGGAUUCUCUGAGUAUUUAAACCGCUUCAAGUGCAAGGAGAGUCCAUCGUGCGUCUGUGACAACAAUACGCAAGAAACGGUGCCACAUAUAAUAUUUGAGUGUCCAGUUCAUGAUAGUGAGCGCUUUGAUAUGGAGCAAAAAAUUAAAAUUAGUAUAACUGCCGACAAACUACACAACAUAAUGGCUAGUGCGGAAAUGGACCAAUUUAUAGAGUUCUGCUUAAAAAUUGUGAGAAGAGUCGUAAAAAGAAAUAAAACUAGAUAG